AUGAGGUCCUGGAAAAUCUUUGGGAACAAAGGCUCAUCCCAGGAUGAAGACGGAGAUUCCAACAACGCCGCUAGGUCCGGGCAAGGGUCCCAAGGAGGUCGAGGUGGAGAAUCCGCCGGCUUUAUGGGAUUCAUGGCAGGUCGAUAUGACUCGAGAAUGGAACGGAAUGUUAGUAUGGCAGCGAGAAACUUGGGUGAUGGCGUCCAAAAGAUCGUCAUGGCUGCGAAAGGAAAGCAGGGCACCAGCGGAGAAUGGAAGGCAGAAUUGCUCAAACUCUUGGGAGCUGACAAUGACAAAUCAGAAAUUGACGUCUUAUUGGAAAACUCAGCCUGUGAAAAGUUUGUCUUGCGCUGCAUUGAAAAUGAGCUACCUCCCAACCUGAUCCACUGCCUCCGUCUCUUGCGGGUGAUGGAGUUGCAGCAUGCCAAUGAGGCACACGAACGGGGCGAGAGCAACCCAAAUCCUAUUGGUGAGAGCGCCACAAUCAAAGUGUCCAAGUUGCUCUGCAAAUUGUGCAAAGAUCCAAGCGUUGGAGAGCAAUUACGACCCCAUCUGUUUGGCCUCCUCGCAUUGAGUGGAGCAUCCUAUCCUCAGUCGGGAAUUCAUGUGGCAAAGGCGUCAUCCGAGGUCAUCAUUGCCUUUUCGGAGUUCUGCUUGUCCAAGUCUUUGGUUCAGUUCCUGCACGAACGGAACAUGAUCAUGCACAUGACAGACGACAUCAAAGAGCUUACCGGGAUGACCAACUCCAACGGACAACAAGCGCCACUGUCGCUCUACGGAAAGGAAGCAGAAGAAGCAGGGUUGUGGGCCAUCUCGCUCAAAACUGUGGUCCAUAUGGUAGUUAAUUCAUGCAACCAUGAGUGUCUCGAUAUGCUGCAAGACUUCAAGAGCGCAGGAGGAUACGACGUUAUGCGCUAUGCCGUGUUGAAUGGCACAUCCAAACACGGUAAAGAAUUGAUUGCCUUAAUUCCGCUCUUGACUUGCUGCUCGACGGACCUUCAGGAUGAAACCACUGGCAGUGGGUCUAAACUUGCCACAAAUCAACAAGCGUUCGAGGUUGUCGAAGACCUCAUGCUCAAGUACAAUCCGUUGGUCAGAGCCUACAAAGACGAACACAAUGGUCAGAAACCAGAUUUUUCCAGAGAAGGCGCCAUGCAAUAUCUGGUAAACUUCUCACUAAAGACAGCUGCAAAAGUUCGUUUCACGAAUGGAUCGACAUCAGAAGAGUCAAGAGCACAGUACGACAUUGAAUCCGAGUUGCUCGAUUGCACGCUCCAGUUGUACUCUAGUCACCCCAACAACUACGACAUUCUCGAGAGGAAAUACAACGUGCUCUCUCUCUUUUUGAUCGCGUAUCCAACAUUCGAUGACGAGGGAUUCAAAGUGUUCGUUUUGAAGACCUUGGAGUUUGUGCUCACGGGCGUGGCCAACACGGAUGCUGUAAGACCGCUCCAUGCAACGGUGGAGGUAUUCUUCUCACUCUGCAAAGCACUAAUGACAAGUGGGGAGGGCAUCAACGGAGAGGGAGGACUCGAUAAGAAGCAGCUCGAUGCCUUCUUCGAGGACGCGGAAAUGGUGGGCGGAACAAUGGAGAAGCUUUUGCAGUUCGAUCACAGGGUGGCACCAAUGUUUGUCGAACUCGGAAUCCAUACUACCAACGUUGACGAGAUUCUCGACUUGAUUAUUGACACUAGUAAGAAAAGCGACUUUGGAACUACGUUUGAACGGGAUGGAGUCGAUUUCCAAGUCCCACCCACUUCGACACCCAUCGACCGCACUGUUUCCGCUGUUUGCCGCAUAUUGAAAUUGCUCAUCUCACAGCUGCCAGUGAGGUUCGGAGAUCCCGACGACGACGGCAGAGAAAAAAACGAAACCACAAAGCUUCACUCGCUUAUGCGCCGAGUCAUUCUGUCUCUCGGGGAGGAAUCGGCAAAGGCAGCGGCAGGAGUAUUUGAGGCGCACCUUUCGCAAUUCUCGGACCCACAGGUGCUGGAGAAUGACAUGGAUUUUGUUCUUGAUAUCCUUGACUACUUCUCCAAACUUACCGGAUCCUGCGCCAUUGAGGGGCUCGAGCUGGCGACCGAUCCUACCCCAGCUGACCUUUCGAUCACCAUCUACCGGGAGUGCGUCGUGUUGUCUAUGCUUCGAUCGGUGCUGGAUUCUAGAAGCUGGGCACGCGACACAUUCCGCGACUGCGGAGGCUUCACAAGCUUGACAAGGAUUGUGCUAAGCCUCAAGGGUGUGGCAAACAGUAGCGAUGGUGGUUCAGAAGAAGGUUUUGCUUCGUUGGUAAAGCUACUUCAACAUAUCCUUGGUGUUGUGGAUGCGGCCAAUGGAAGCAAGGCUCGCACGACUCGCUCCUCGGAUGUAACAGCCAUACUUGUUGACCCAGUGUCAUCCCAGCGAGCACUGGCUACACCUGCAGCAGCAAAUCGGUUUUAUCUGAGACGGCGAGGUUUCUACCUUGACCUGGCAGCCUCUCUUGUUGUUACGGGGGCACUUGACACCGAAGAGAAGGCAGAGAGUCUCUUUGAUGUGGCAAUGGGACAUAUGGAUCCCCAGAUGAAAUUCUCGGACGCCGCCUUCCUGCGACUCUCCGACUGUACUUUAUGAGUAACAGUGCUUGAGCGAUAACCAAACACAAUGCAUUCCGGUGGCAACGUGCAAAGGAGACCCAAAGAGGCAAGUGAGUCUCUGUCUUCGACUCUUUGAGCGUCAACUCCCUUUCUGGCGAUCAGGCCAGCCACCUCCAAUCUGGACAAGUCUCGGCGUCGCAAAGCACUCGCAACACUUCCUCUUUCACCGUUCUCGGCAAGCAUGGAGAAAGUUGUAGUUCCCGUUGCAGCUAGAGACAGCCUCUGCGGUCGAUCGCCCCAGAAGAGACCGGGAAAGUCUGGGCCGAACGUGAAGAUUGCCGUUGC